AUGAGCCGGAUCAUAGUAGCGAGCCGAAUGAUCUUGAUGAGCCGAACGAUCGUGGUAAGUCGAACGAUCGUGAUGAAUUGAACGAUCUUGUUGAGCUGAAUGAUCGUAGUGAGCUACACGAUCGUCAUGAGCCGGAUCAUAGUAGCGAGCCGAACGUUCCUGAUGAGUCGGACGAUCGUCAUGAGCCGAAUGAUCGUAGUGAGCCGCACGAUAAUGGGUCGGACGACCGUGAUGAGAUGAACUCUCCGGCGAUUGUACCCGAGGCAUAG